UCGGCGCCGGAUCGUCUCCUAGAGCGGUUGGCAGCCUGGCCGUGCGCGAGCUGCGGAGGGCAGGCUGGUGCCGGGAACUGGAUACGCUGACCCAGCGGUGGAAACUCCUGCUCAUCUUGGAUGUUUAUCUUGGGCUCCAGGGCUUGAAACCUGUUCUCCAGGUGUAGAGGCUCCAGUGCCGGGCAGGGAGGUGUGCGUUUGCUCCGCAGCUUACCUCCUUUUACCAGCGACCAUGGCUCAGGUGUUGAGCAGGUCUGGGAUUCGGGCUUUGCACCGAGGCUCAGCCAGAUGUCUUCCCUUGCCGCACACGGGUCGUUAGAUGGAGCCGAUAGACCCGUUCCAGGGUAGCGUGGUGUCGCAGUCUGGUGGUGCUAUGGAGGACAGCCUGGAGAGCGAGAUGUGUUUAGCCUGGGCAGUAGCGAUCGUGGUGAGACGGAGGAAUUGGUCGUCUUUCAUUCUCAAUUCCUGACGAAGGCGGCAGAUGUCUUCGGUGAUCUCUGAAUAUGCAGAGACAGAUGACAGUCAGUUAGGAGGAAAACAACCAGAAGACACAUUUUUAGCUCACUGUGGUCUCAGGGAGCAGAAGAAGAAGAAAAAGACGGCGUAGACGGUGCAGAUAGAGCAGACGAAGAAGCAGACGGAGAAGACAGAGAAGACGGAGCUGAAGGAGCAGACAGAGCAGUAUCACAGGCCUCUUGGCUCGAAUGUUUGGACCGGGUCAGAACAUGUCAGACUGGGACAGUAAGAGACUGGAGCUCCUCAGAAGCAUCCUGAGCAGCUGCAGUGCAGCCUCAUCCUGUAACCACUCCCACCUGAUUUUCCACAACAGCAGCCUUGAGAAGGGCCUGGAGAUCCUUGAUGAUGGAUCCCCCUGGUUGAGAAUCCUCAUCUCUGUGGUUUACUUUGUGGUUGCCACAGCAGGAGUGUUGGGAAACCUGUUGGUGAUGUUCCUGAUGUAUUCCACUCACACCAUCACCACAGGAACCAUCAACUUCUUUGUGUUUAACCUGGCAUUAGCUCACCUGCUGUUCUCUCUCGCUCUGCCAUUUUGGGCUGUGGACAUCGCCUUAGACUACAGCUGGCCGUUUAGCUUAGCCACAUGUAAAGCUGUGUCCCUGCUCACUGGGUUGAAUGUCUUUGCAAGCUGCUUCUUCCUAACAGCUAUGAGUGUGACUCGCUACUGCUCCGUGGCCACGGCUCUAAAACCCCGGGCCUCCCUGUGCAGCAGAUACUGCACCUCCCCAGUGGCUACAGCUUUAAUCUGGGCUGGCGCUCUCAUAGCAGCGAUGCCCAGAGCCGUGUUUGCAGACCUGAAAAAUGUAGGAAGUGGAAACGACACAGCAUGCCUGCUCCGCUUCCCAGAUGGCACGGCCUGGCUGGGGAUAAACCAGCUCCUGAGAGUAGUGCUGGGAUUUCUGCUGCCCUACGCCACCAUCAUCCUCUCCUAUCUUCUUCUUCUGCGCUUUCUCUGCAGGCACAAGCUGAAAGGCAGCAACUCUAGGAGAAAGGCUGACAUUUCAAAGUCUGUAGCAGUGGUGGUGCUGUCGUUCUGUGCCUGCUGGUUCCCCUACAACAUCCUGACAUUCUGGAGCGUCCUCAUUCAGCUGGACAUCGUUGAUAUCAGCCCCUCCUUCUACUCAGCUCAAACCUACUUCUUCCCUCUGGCAAACUGCCUGGCCUUCACCAGCAGCUGUUUUAACCCUGUUAUCUACUGCUUGGUGAGAAAAGAGUACCGCGUGGCUCUCCGCACUGUGCUCUUCAAGCUGAGCAUGGCUAUCAUGUCCAAGAUGCCCUACGGUCUAAACUCUGAGGAGGGGUCAGGCCCAGCAGGACAGCUGGCCAUUCCUCUGGAGAACGUUUACAGCCAGAUGACCCACACCGACAUGAGGAGAUACACAGCUCUGUCUGCACUGCCCACUGUGGUGUCAACACUGUAAAGCCACAAAAGAAGGCCAUGGGAAAGUUCUAGUUUAAAGAAGGAAUGACCCUGCAGGGUCUGAGUUCAGGGCUUUAGACGGCCUGCUGUAAAAAAGCUCCUCUGUUUUCACACACAUGCUUUCCUGUGUCUCGUGCUUCGAGUUUUCAGAGCUCCGUCAUUGUAAACAUGACAUGAAAAGUUCAGAUUAGGAUGAUCAAAUCAGCAAAUCUAACAUUGCUUUCCCCAUAUGCUAACUGUUGUUGCUAAUAGAAGACCCAUGUAGACUGUAGCACUGUAGUUUAAAGGAAUGCGUGCUACUGUAGCCUGAACACCUUGUGCCGUCUGUUUGAACAUAAAGUAAUAAAGAGACUACAUUAGCUCUGCUCUUCUGUGAUAACUGCUAAAGGAAUCUUUUUUGAGUCACUUUAUUAUUUUUGAUUUUUUUACAAGCAUAAACCUUAACAGCAGGGGUUCUCAACAUUGGGGUCGGGACCCCCACGGGGGUCACAAGAUGCCCUAAACAAACUAAGAAUAUUUUAAAUUAAACUGUUGCCACUUUACACCUAUUUUACCACAUUUUUUCUACUUAAAAACUUUUUUUCCCCAUUUCAAACCCUUUCCAACACUUCUUUCUGCCUGUCUCUGGCACUUUACACCUCUUGUUUUAACCACAUUUCACUGAUAUGCUCAUUUUUGCCAGUUUAACACAUUUCUGCCCAUGUCUCUGUCUUAGUUAACCGUUUUUGUAAGUUUAUAUAAAUUUUUCAUCCCAUUUCACCAAAUUUCCACCCAUUUUUGCCAAUUUAAAGUCAUUUCAGCCAUUUUUAAUUCCCCUGCCACUAUCUAUGGUCGGUUUUGCCACUUUAACCAAUUUUUGCCACUUCUAAUGUCCACUACUUUAAAAAUCCCAUUUCACCACCUUUUCCACCAUUUUUUUUGCCAUUAUUGACCU